AAUAUUUAUUGCCAACUAUUUAAUUAGACGAUCUUUCAAACAUCAUCCAUUAAUAUUCUCUCUUCUGAUCUCUAUAUAUACACACACACAUUCCUUCUUACUUUUUCAUUUCAAAGAACUUCUAAACUCAAAACAACCUAGCUAAGAUAUAUACUUACUUCAAUUUAUUCUAUUUAUUCAAUUAAUUUGAGUAAAUAUUGUUAAAUUAAUUCUUCUUCUUCUUGAAUAUUAAUUCUUUGUUGAAAACAUUUUCCAAGAGCCAAAAAUAAUAAUGGGGAAGGAAGUAUUAUCAAGAAUGGCAGCUGGAAAUGGACAUGGUGAAGAAUCAGCUUACUUUGAUGGCUGGAAAGCUUAUGAAGAUAACCCUUUUCACCCUCUAAAUAAUCCUCAAGGUGUUAUUCAGAUGGGUCUUGCUGAAAAUCAGCUGUGCUUUGAUUUGGUGAAAGAGUGGGUUAUGAAACAUCCAAAAGCUUCCAUUUGUACAGUUGAAGGAGUUGAUGCCUUCAAAGAUACUGCCAUCUUUCAAGACUACCAUGGUUUCCCACACUUUAGAAAUGCUGUAGCAAAAUUUAUGGAGAAAGUGAGAGGUAAUAGAGUGACAUUUGACCCUGACCGAAUAGUUAUGAGUGGGGGAGCAACUGGAGCCCAUGAAUUAAUGGUAUUUUGCUUAGCUAACCCCGGUGAAGCUUUUCUAGUGCCUACACCUUACUAUCCUGGAUUUGAUCGAGAUUUAAGGUGGAGAACACGAGUACAACUUUUACCAAUAGAAUGUGACAGCACAAACAACUUCAAAUUAACAAGAGAAGCCUUAGAAAAGGCUUACAAAAAGGCUGAACAACAAAAUAUUAUAGUGAAAGGUGUACUUGUAACCAACCCAUCAAACCCAUUAGGAACAGUCCUAGACAGGGAAACCUUAAACAACAUCUUAUCUUUCACAACUCAAAAAAACAUCCAUUUAGUAUGUGAUGAGAUUUAUGGAGCAACUGUAUUCGGUUAUCCUAACUUUGUUAGCAUAGCCGAGAUAUUAUUAGACCAAAAUCACAACCCUGACUUGAUACACAUCGUCUAUAGCCUCUCGAAAGACUUAGGCUUCCCUGGCUUUCGAGUUGGGAUCGUGUACUCUUACAACGAUGAUGUUGUUAAUUGUGCUAGGAAAAUGUCGAGUUUUGGGCUUGUUUCGACACAAACACAAACUCUUAUAGGUUCUAUGCUAUCAGAUGAGGAAUUUGUGGACAAGUUCUUGGCUGAGAGUAGAAAAAGACUAGAAAAUCGACACAAUUUGUUCACUAAGGGACUUAGCCAAUUUGGGAUACAAUGCUUAAAAAGCAAUGCAGGAUUGUUUGUAUGGAUGAAUUUAAGACAACUUAUAGAAGAUAAUCCAACAGAAGAUGGAGAAUUAAAGUUGUGGCGCGUAAUUAUAAAUGAAGUUAAGAUUAAUGUGUCACCAGGAUGUUCAUUUCAUUGCAAAGAAGCAGGAUGGUUUAGGGUUUGUAUUGCUAAUAUGGAUGAUGAAACCAUGCAAGUAUCACUGAAAAGGAUUAGGAAUUUUGCUGCACAAAAGAUGGAAAACAAUGUUGUUAAAUCUUCAAAGAGGAAAUGUUGGCAUCAAAAUAAUCUUCAACUAAGGUUAUCAAAUAGAAGGAUGGAUGAUUUAAUGGGAGUUUCUCAAUUGGUGUCUCCACAUUCUCCAUUGCCUCAAUCACCACUUGUUCGAGCUCUAAAUUAGGGUUUUCAAAUUAUUUAAAAAUCUAUUAGAUUUCAAAUUAUUAUAAAAAUUAUAAGGGUUUUCAUAAUAUUAUAAAAAUUAUUAGGGUUUUCAAACUAUAAAAAAAAUUUUUUAGGUUUUCAAAUAAUUAAAAAAAAAUUAUUAAGGUUUUUUCACAUCAUAUUUUGUGAUACAUGGGAAUAAUUAUGAUUGUAUAUCAAUUAUUUCAACAGUUGAUUGUUGAUUGAUACAAUUUUUUAAUUACUAGAAGUAUUAUUAUUUUAGUUUUUAUGAAUUUGUAAACUAAG